UAUGUCGAAUGUAUAUGUAUAGCUUCAUAUAGUUCCUAUAUAUACAUACAUAUCUUUAUUCACCUACUGUACCACUUCCAUUAUGUAAGCAGAGCGGGAACGACGCCAAAAAAAGCGACAAGCAAAAAAGAGAAACAACAAAGCAAAAACUACAAGAAACCCAAAAAAACAAAGCAAAGAACCCAUCACAUAACCGAAAACCAAUCGAACAGAAAUGUUAUAAAUCACUAAAAGUUGUAAAUGUUCCAUCAAAACAAAUCGUUGAUAAACUUUAAGGUUAGAAUUUAUUGAUACACAAAAAUGUCGUCUUCGACUGUGGCCGUGAUUGAUUUGGACGAGGAUCUUGAGGAUGGUGAAAUCGAUGAUGAUGAGGAGGAGGAGGAGACGCCGCAACAACCAAUCAAAGACCAACAGCAACAGCAGAAGUCCCAAAACAUCGACGAUGAGGUGCAGUUUGUGGGCAUCGAAAUGCCUGGCCAGAACAAAAAAAAUUGCGACGAGGAUGUGGUCUUUAUGGGCCUCACCAUGGACGUGGGUGGUUCGCCCAUCAACAGCAAGCCAAAAAAGCCACGCCCACUCGAAGAUGAUCACGCUUUCAGCAUCGAGAAUGCCAUUGCCAAUGCACUGAAGAAAAAGGGCAUUGAACCGCCCAUGCCCAAGAUGAGAUCCCUGAAUUCGGAGAUGUCGACCAUCGGCGGCGAUGGCACAGCCGGCGGCGGUGACGGUCCCGGUGGAGACGGACCAUGGGCGGCCAGUCGCGGCAGCAGACGCCGCAAUCGACAAAAAAAGAAGCGCGAUCGCGAGAAAAAGGAUCAAGAGCAACAGAAACGCGCCCGUCGCGAUGAUGACGAACUGGCUGUCGGUGGAGGGGCCAGCGACGACAUGGACAUGGAGUACGAGAUGAUGAAUGUGCGCGGUGGCAGUCCGCCGCCCUCAGCACCCACAAGCACAAGUGCGUCCUGCCAGCCGGGGGCUGCGGCCGCUGGUGGUGGCAAUGUCGGCUAUGAUUCUGCCCAGGACAUGUACAGCAGCUACGAUUCCUACUCCGAAGAUGAUGCUCCGAUGACGCCGGCCGGUGGCCAGAGGCGUCGCCAGCGCAGGGAGCGUGAUAAGGAUCAGCGUGGGGGACGCAAGCGUCGCGAUCGUGAUCGUGAUCAGGAUCGCCGUCAGGGCGAUGGCGGCGGCGGCGGAGGUGGCGGUGGAUCUGCCAACAAACGCAGCCGCCGCGACUCUGGCGACAGUCCAGUGGCCGAAAAAUCUGGCCGCGUCGAGCCACGCAAAUUGGAGCUGUGCAAAUUCUAUUUAAUGGAUUGCUGCGCGAAGCGUGACAAGUGCUCCUACAUGCACAAGGAAUUCCCCUGCAAAUACUACUACCUGGGCAUGGAGUGCUUUGCCGGCGACGAGUGUCUGUUCCAUCACGGCGAGCCGCUGUCCGAGCAGCUGCGCAACAUACUGCUGAAGCACAUGGAGACGGCGCCCAAGGAGAUUCUCGGCGACUUUAAGCGCAUCUCCCGCGAUGUGGCACUGGGGCAAAUGACACGACGCCACGAGGAGCUCUGCGAGCAGUUUGGACGUGAUAACAACUGGACAACGCUGGCCAGUGCCGGUGUGUGUCGUCGUUUGGAGCAACAGCUGCAGUCGCAGCAACAGCAAAAGAAUCUGCAACAACAGCAACAGCAGCAGCAGCAACAACAGCAGCAGCAGCAGCAGCUUGCGCUUCAGCAACAGCUUUUGCAGCAGCAGCAGCAGCAGGCGUUGGCUACACAAACCGAACAGCAGCUGGGAGGACCCAUUCCAUCUCUCCUAGAUAUGGUUAUCAAUCCACCCGCCGUCAACGAAUCCAAGCCGGAAAAGAAGCGCAAGUCCCGCUGGGCUGACAAGGGAGCAGCAGCGGCAGCAGCAGCAGCUGCAGCAGCUGGUGGAGAUGCAGCAGAUACAGCAGCGGCAGCAACAAAAGCAGCAACAGAAGGAUCUGCCGAGAGCACAACCGAAGCAGAGAGCAGCAAGGCAGCUGGCACCAAGCAGCUGUCCCCACAUUUGGAUCUAGUGAAUCUCAAGGAUCUGCUACCCGUCGACCACAUGGCAAAGCUGAAAAAGUUGGGCAUCAGCAAUCUGGAGCAAAUGCUGGAAGUGCCCUUUGGCCAGCUGACGGAGGUGGGACUGACGCUGCUCGAGAUUGGGGAUAUACAGCGCAAGGCAUUGGAGGCCAAGGAAAAGGCAGAGCUCAAGUCGGAGCCCGAGACAGGAGCAGCAGCAGCAGCAGCAGCAGCAUCCAGCAGCAGCAAUGCAGCAGCCGUUGCGGAGGUGAGCAGCAAUUCCAACAGCAACAAUGGUUUCAUUAUGGUCGACUACACUCAGUAUCUGAAGGAUGCCCAUGUCAGCUUCACCAGCAACGAUCCACUUGACGAUGAUCGGGAUGAUGAGGAGCAGCUGGUGAUUGAUGAUGGCAACGAUUCGGCGGCGGAGGAAGAGCAAGCGGCGGCGGCUGCGGCAUCGGCAUCGGCAUCCUCACCAAAGGAAGACGAGGCCCCACCACUGCCGUCCGUCUUUGAUUUGCCAACAUUUAUGAGCAACAUGAUCGGUGUGAAGGCCGUCCGCCAGUCACCAGAGCAGUCCACAGCCGCACAGAGUGCGAUCUCUCCCACGCAAGGCUCAAACGAGUCGACGGGAGCGGGUGCUUCAGCAUCGGCAAAGGAAGAGCCGGCGAGUGCCAGCGAUGCGAACAGCCUGUUUAGUCGUCUACUGUUUGGGGACAAGCCACCCGAUCCAGUGACCCGAGCGGCCUUCUACCGCGACAUCAUCCGCAAUCCGUUCAAGGCGCACAGCGGCGAUGGUGAUGUGGAUUCGGCCAAUGAGAACUCAAAUUCAAAUUCCAGAUCAUUGACGCCCACGCCAACACCCGAGCCGGGCUCACAGUCGCCCAAACUAUCGCUGGAUAUGCCCGCUACGACGCCCAUGCCCAUGGCAAUGGCAAUGACAAUGACAAUGAAGCUGCCAUCGCUCAAGUCGGAGCCAGAGCCAGAGCCGACGCCCUCGCAGUACGAGCGACGUACCCUGUACGACUACGAUAAGGUUAAGGAGGAGAAGCGGGAGGCGGCCAACCGCCUGAAGGCCAAGUCGAGUGCGAUCCAGCAGCGGGACAUUGAUAUGCGUCUGCCGUUCGAGCCGAUACGCCACUACCGUCCAGCCACCGAGAUAGAUGCGGCCAUCUUCUCGCACAUGCCGAUGCGUUGGGAGGUGAGCGAAGUGGAUGUGGAGGAGCCAUCGUUCACCCAGCUACGCCAGAGUGCCGCCCACAAGGAGGACAAGGAGGUGCGCGAUCCGCGCAUGCGUCGCAUUCUCGGACUGCCCGACCUUUUGUAUGCGAGCGAGGAGUCUCAGUAUGGUGAAUCGUCGCUGAAUCGUUCCAACAGCUAUCUCUCAUCGCCUGAGUCAGGACCGAGAUCUCCAAUGGGGCGCGAUGCCACACCCACAUCACCGCCACCGCCCAGCUUCGGUGGUGGUGGUCUUCCAUCGAUGAGUGUGCCACCGCCAUCGAUGAGCCUGCCGCCGCCCAAUCUGCUGUUAGCUGCUAACAACAAGCCACCACCAGCGACAACUGUACGCGUAGAUCCGCGUCGCGAUCCCCGCCGUUCCCACUUGCAGGCCCAAACAGCGAGCACAUCUUCCGGCACGUCCGUAGCCAUGGCAACGGCAACGGCCACUGCCACGGCCACCACCAAUGCCACUGGUGGGACAAAACAAAUCUCCGAGAUACGCAGCAUAUUGCAAAACUCCAGCUGGUACAAGGAUCUGGGGAGCAACAACAAGAUAAUGGUCAACCAGCAGCUGGCUUUGGUCUUUACCGAACUGAAGAAGUACCACCAGCAGCCGGACGUUGGCUGCAAAACCUUCGAUGUCUCGUUCAUUGUGAACAACCAGACGAUGCAGCAGAUCUUUGCCAAGCUGGGCAUAUAUAUCGAUGAUAAUGGAAUGGUUGUGCAGCUGUCCGACGAUCAGCCAGUCCAGAAUAUGAUCGCCAACAUGGCCAUGGGCAAUGCCGGAGUCGGCGUUGGUGUUGGUGUCGUUCUGCCAAAUCUAUCCCAGCCGCCGCCAAAUAUUGCCCAGUUGCUGCGACAACCGCCGCCAAAUCUGCACGCCGGACGUAUGGCCAAUGGCAUGAUGAUGCAGCAGAUGGGCAUGCCACAGCAGUUCAAUCAGCCACCGCCACGACCCAAUGUGGGCAUGGGUGGUGGUGGCAUGAUGGGUGGCGGUGUAAUGGGUAAUAAUGUUGGCAACAAUGGCAUUGCCGGGCAACUUGGCGGCCUCAUGGGCAACAAUGGCAACAACAUGAACAACAACAACAACAAUAACAACAACAAUCCGUUUAAUCCAUUCGCUGGCAACAAUGUUGGUGGUGGUGGCGGAGGAGGCGUCGGUGGCGGAGGUGGAAACGGUAAUGGAAAUGGAAACGGAGGCGGUGGCAUGGGAAACAUGAAUCAAAUGAACAACAACCUCAACAACAUGGUUAUGGGUGGAAUGCCCUUCAACAAUGGUAUGUCCUUUAAUAACAACAACAACAACAAGAACUUCAACAACAACCACAACAAUGGUGGUGGAGGCGGUGGCGGCGGAGGAGGACGCUUUUCUGGCGGCGGCCACAACAAUCGAAACAAUCGCGGUGGAAACAACCGGCAUCGCAACAAUAUUUAAACCGAACUCGAUAAGAAGGGAUUCAACAACAAAAAAGACUUGUUCAAUACCAAAUGAUGGACCCAGCCCGCGUUUUUGCCUUGGCCCACGGCCCCACUUUUCGCAUGUGAUUUCCCCCAGCCCCAGCCCCCCAACAAUUCAUAAACCCUCCAAAAACACACAAGAAAGACACUCAGAACGUAUGGGGUUUUGCCUGCCCCCCUUCCACCCCCACCCCCUUCCACUCACUACAAACAAACUUAAGAAAAACAAAAAACCAUUUUAAAUCCCAGAAGGAAGUACAGCAAUUAAUGGGCUUUGACUGCUAUGUAAAUGUAUUCUCUAAUUCUUAAAUCAUCGGUAAAUAAUUUACAUUAUUUCAGUUGUUUAUUUUUUUUUUCGUAGCUAUUAGGCUAAGCUUACAAACUUAGGUACUGAUAAUGUGUAAUUACAAGCAAUCCGCCAGCUGGAAAA